UAGUAGGCGACACUGGUUUCCCCCAUGUCGACCUCGUUGGCAGGGCGGUUGCCCCUGAAGGCAUCGCACGUCUACGUGCCCGGUUCCUCCUUUGAGGUCCAAGGUGCGGGGGAGUGGUACGUGAAUGGCAUCUACGCACGCGCCUCGCAGCAGGUGAACCGCGCGGAUGCCUUCCAAAAGGCCGGAACGUCCCUUGUCCUGAUGCGCAAGGGCGACGAGGGAUGGUCCCUGGUGGACUUAAGGGGCAGUACCACCUUCAAGUGGUCUCUCAGAGCCGUGGAGCUCUACCACUGCAUGCGCAUUCCCGCAGGCCCUGUCCCCCCUGGUGUCGGCUGGGUUUGCGUCGAGGGCGAGGGCCCAGCGCCAAUGCUGGCGCCCGGGAAGUCGCCCUUGCUGCCAUUCCUGAAGAGCCCCGGCCCCCCGGAGGAAGCCCCUGACAUCCCUACUGGAACUUCCUCUGCCUGGGUGUCCAGCGCUUCGAAGCGUGCGGCGCAGCAACUGCUGGACUCCCUCACGGAGCCCGGGUUGAAGCGGAAGCCUCUCCGGGGCCCCACGGGGCGCCCGCCUGUGGCGCUGAACGCAGCCAAAACCGGCAACCUAGAGAGUGGGCCCUUGGCGGGAGCCCGGUCACAGCCGCAGCUGCAGUCCCUGCGCACAGCUGGGCGGAGGACUAGCCGCGCGCCGCCGGGGGCCGUGACGAACUUCAUGCGAAGCUUCCGGGUGGUGCUCACCCGGCCCGGGGUGCAGGUGCCGUGGGGCUAUGAGUGGCACGACGAGUUCUUCAGCCAAACGGGCUCGCGCAUCGUCAGCGGCAUCCAAAAGCGGUCGCCGCUGGACCGGUGGAAUGUCUGGCAGCAGGUGGCUGGGCGACCCGAGCUUUGCGUGCAGCCAGGCGACCGGCUGGUGAAGGCUGACGGGCGCUGGGCCUACUACGAGCAGGAGGUUUGCUUGAACGACAGCCUGCAGGCGCCGCUGCUGGAAAAGCCGGACAAGCCGGACUUGGACCUGGACCGACGGCUGGUGCUGGAGUUUGUACGGCCGACUCCGCGCCCCGCGCAACCCAUCCGGCCGCGGCUUGAGGUCUGGGACACGCAGAGCGCUCUAGUGGUGUCCUGGGACCACCCGUCCGGGAGCAUGGAGCCCUACAAGCAGGUCUGGGGAUGGGCCGUGGCCAUUGUGGACGUGGACCAUGAGAUUUGGCUCAUCGUUGAUGGCACGACCUUUGCAGCGAGGUCGCUGUCCCUAGAGGGCGCAGACGUUGCAGUGGCCAAGCCGGAGCUGUGCACUAUCUACGUGUCGGAGGGCUUGGGCCACGGCCGGCCCUAUGCCGCGUGUGUGGCCAUGCUCACAGACAACGGCUGGUCCGCCUUCUCCGAGCUCUCGAGGACUGUAUCCAUCGCCCCCGCGGCCAAAGUGAGCGAUGCAGUGCUUGGCCUGGAUCCCGAAGACGAUGACUGGAAGCAGCGCCCCCGCUUCGCUUGCCCCGCAAAGAUUGUGCCUGGUGCCUCCGUUCCAGUGGCACUGCGCUCUGGGCCCAGGGACCUGCUGAGCACGGAGCGGUGGCUGCGCAUGGAGGUCUGUGUGGAGGGCCACGAAGGGCUGGUUGUGACGCCCGCAGAUUCCUCCAUGAAGCUGCUGCAGAUCGAGAAGGUAAUCCCGGGCUCCUCUGCAGACAUCUGGAACAACAAGCAGGAGCUCUUUGAGCUGCACGGAUACCAGAUGAGCUUCGCCGUGCAGCCGGGGGACGUGAUCAAGAAGAUCAACGGCUUUAGCGGGGCCCAGGCCAUGCUCUAUGAGCUGAGGCGCAAGCCAGCAAAGUUGAUCAUGACCGUGGACCGGCACUGCGGGGGCAACACUGUCUUCGAGGAUGUGCCACAGGCCAAGAUCUUCGAGCUGGACCCCUUGGACAUUGAGGCAUCCAAGGAUGUGGAGGAGUUCAAUUGGCACGUGCUGCUGAGCCAAGCCGAAGGCGCCCUGUGCGCCAAGAUGGUGGAGCAGGAUGGCCACGCGCUCCAGCAGGCCCUGAACAUUUUCUCUGAGAUGCUUGCGGACCACGCAAUCGUCAUGGUCAACCAGGGCAUUGUGCAGGAGGCGGACCGCCGGAUUCUGCUGGACGUCCGGGUGGCCGCGGUGCUGCAGGCGGACAUCAUCCAGCCAGACGUGGACGUUAUCUCGCAGUCCGUGGAGCCUCCGAUGAAGAGGCCGUCCGAGAAUUGGAGGAACUCUAUGGAAGAUGAAAUGCCCACGACCAGUGACGAGAUCAGCCUCAUCCACCUGCGGAAGGCCAUGGCCGACGCCGCCAUGGACGAGGACCAGCUUCAGCUGGCCAUCCUGAGUUUCGUGAACUCCUCCAAGGUGGUGCGCCAGUCCUACGCGGGCCAGGAGCUCUUGGAGAAGGCCAAGGGCCUCCAGGAGCUGUGGUGCUGGUGGCGCCAAAGCGCGGAGGCAAAGGAGGAGAUGGCGCAAGUGCUGAGCCAGAUGCUGAAGCAGGAGGCCGCAAAUCAGGAUGACGAUGGGGAGUUCCAUGACUUCGACGGCCAGGACCCUCCCUACGACCUGGGCCCGCUGGCUGUUCAGCUGGAGGAGUGCGAGAAGUUCGCGUCGGAGAUGGGCACGUUGCUGGAGGAGGGCCAUGUGGUCUGGGAGCGACUGCGGCAGUCGAACCUCCGCUUCCGCGCGGAGAAGCGCAUCCGCGCUGCCAUGCAAGACGAGCGCGAGGACGACUUGUCGCUGGACGAAGCGCUCUCGGCCGGCGAGGCCUGCGGCGUGAACUCGGGCCUGAUCGCAGCGGGUCGCGAGCGGGCCUCGGCCUGGCGGGCGAACCACUUCAAGAUCGCCCUCCACGACGAGCUUUUUCAGGCGGUGAAGGAGCUACGGAAGCACGUGGAGAAGCGACAGAAACCCGGGGCAGGUGCGCCGGAGCAGCAGCGGAUGCGCAUCGCCAUCUCGGGCUCGGGGUUGCCCCCCGACAACCCCUUGGUCCUGGAGGCCUGGGGCCUGCUGCGGCAGUGGGAGCAGGACAACGUGGCGCUGCGGGCGGAGGCGCGGCUGGGCAGCGCCGUGGAGCGGGUGAAGGGCGGCUUCAACGGCGACGCCCCGGAGGCCGGCGACCUCCUCGGCUCCGCGAUCGCCGAGGUGGCGCAGCAGGGCGUCGACGCCAAGUUCCUGGACGCUGCGCGCAAGUCCCUGGCUGCAUGGCAGGAGUCUCGGCUGAAGCGGGCGCGGCAAGAGCUGGAGACGGCGAUGCGCUACUCGGACGAGGACUUCCUGAAGGAUGCCUUGGAGUUGGCCAAGACGGCGGGCAUUGACGAGGAGAGCAUCGAGAAGGCUCAGAGGCAGCUCUCAAGGCUUCGCAUGGUGGACGAGGUGAACAAGAUGAUGGACAAGGCCAUGGAAGACUCGGAGCUGGACCCUUUGGAGAAGGCCAUCCAGACGGCCCACAGCCACUUCUUCGUGGAAGAGGAGAUGGACAUGCUCUUCUCUGGGUCUCUGCAGGCGCGGCUUCGCUUUUGGGCCAAGGAGAUCAUGGGCGCGGUGCAGGUGCACCAGGCGGAGGGCUUGGAGAAGGUGGUGACCGUGGCCCAGAAGCUGUUGGACCGCAGCCAGGAAGCUUUGGACCUCUUCAGGUCCAAGACCGGCAUCAACAAGGUCCCGGACGUGGCCAUCCGCACCUUGGAGCGGGACCUGCGGGGUCUCCAGCUUGCGCUGCCCGGGGGCCGCGACUUGGCCAACGUGCACACAGCCACCGCAUCCAUCGAGCGGGUGCUGGGCGCUGUGGAGCGCUAUGCCUCGGAGCUGCCAGAGGUGAUUGCCAUGGCAGAGGCCCAGGUUAGCCACGGCCUCAAUGCCGAGCUGGUGGAGGAGGCCAAGAUGCGCCAGAAGGACUACGACCUCACGGUGCAAGAGUUGGAAGAGGCCAUUGCUCAGAACAUGCCCGGAGAGGACCUGAAGCUGAGCCUCAUCAACGCCCGGCUGGCCGGCGCCCCCAUGGAGCUCAUCGAGCAGGGCUUUGCCAAGCUGGAGACCAAGUUCCCAGAGUGGUUCGUGUACACUAAGACGGAGCUGGAGCUGCUGGUGGCAAAACAGGAAGCCGAUGACAUCCAAGAGCUCUCUGCGGAAGGUCGAUUCCUGCGGCUGCAGGAUGCGGCGGACGCGGCCAAGCUGCUGGUGCCGCGCCUGGAGAAGAGCAUCUUGGAGGAGGUGGAGGACAUCAGCAUGGCCCUGGCGGCGGAGCGGUCCUUCGUGAUGGCGGUGAAGGAGGCCAAAGACAUCAUGGCAGGACUGCCCAUGUCUCCGGAGGCGGUGCAUGUGCGGGCGCUGCGCCUAGGGCACGCCAUCCAGGCUUGCAUCUUCUCGGCGCAAGAGGAAGCCAAGAAGUCCAUCCCAGAGGCAGAGGAGUUGCGAGUGUUGCUGGAGGAGGAGGCCCAGAGGCGCCAGGACGCCUUGGACUCGGCGCUGGCCAUGGCCGCCGAGCGGGGUACGCCGAUGAAGGAUCUGCUGAUGUCCAUCACGGCUGCGCGCCAGGCAAGCUUGACUCCGGACCUGUUGCAGGAGCCUUACUCGCGGCUGCGGAAGAAGAAGCUGGACUUUGUGACUUCUGCACUGAGGAAUGCUUGCUCCUCGGGCAAGUAUGCGCUGGCGUAUGCGCUGCUUCACCGAGGCCUGGCGCUGAAAGCCGGCGAGGAGCGGAACGGCGGCGAGUGGCGCAGCGGCGCGAUCCAGGCUGAGAUCAAGCGGCUUCGCACGGACGUGUCCACGGUGAAAGGCGAGUUCGUCAUUGAGACCAGUGGCGGGGCCUUUGGCACCAGUACGUGGCGGAAGAACCCCUGCUAUUUGGUCCGCUGCUUCAGAACAGAAUCGAAGAGCAAAAGGGGUUUUGGCUCCAAGAGCACGGUCGCCGGUGUCAGAGUGUCCAUUGCGCUGGCCGAAGCGGGAGAAUCCCCUGCCACCAUGGCGCUGCAUGUGGUGAGGAACAACAAGGACGUGCAUGAAGCAGGGGCCGACCACAUGCUCAUGCCGGGCUUUGAAGUCGUGGCUGCAUCACAUGAGGAGGACGACAUGCCCUGCUGCGACUUUGACCUGUUGCCGGGCGGGCAGCCCUACUUCAUCGUGCCCUCCGCGGCCAAAGGGGAGCUGGGGCCCUUCACGCUCAUCGUGAAUGCCACCGAGUCAGUGGAGGUGGUGAGGAUACCUCCCCACCUCCGGGAGCCGAGCAAAUCCAGCCAGAAGUUCGAACUCAAGUGGGCACAGGAGCGGCCCUUCGGGGUCUUCAUGGGCGGGGGUCGCUUCAAGAGCAAGGCGCCGCUGCUUUCCUGGUACCGGAACCCCCAGUUCCGGGUAUCUGUGGGGACCAAGGCAGAGGCGCCAGAGUCGAUCCCCGUCGAGCUCAGAGGGCGAACGCCGCCGGGGACCUCCUUGUCUUCCCGGGAGCUCGUGGCGAUGCAGGCCCGGCCCAACACGGCGCCGGGCACGCCCUUGGCGGCGUCAGACCGGCUGGACAAGGCCAAGCUGCGCGCGGUGUUCGACAGCUGCGAUGUACAACGCAACGGCAUGGUGAACAAGCGGGAGCUCAUCAAAGCCAUCCGCCGCGACGCCAAGAUGGCCGAGUUCUUUGGCCUUCCCAUGGAGAUCCGACAGGAGGAUGGCUCCCGAGAUGCCAUGGAGCGGCUCUUCCAGUCCAUGGAUAGCGACGCGGACCGGGAGAUCACCUGGGAGGAGUUCGUGUCCUUCCACGCAGCAGUCCGCAAGUCCAAGGAGGAUGUCCUGGAGCUGGACAACCCUCCGCCGCCUUUGCUGGUUGUCAUCCUGACGCCACAGCCCUUGCCGAAGGCGGGGUCGGCGGCCGUGCACGUGCUGCGGAACCAGGAGGAGCGCGGGGAGGAGGACGGGCUGCUGGCGGAGAACCCCUUCUUCCACCAGGUCCUCGCCUCCAGCGCCGCCGCCCGCGAGUACUCCUCCGCCGCGGAGGUUGGAGCUGUGUUGAAAAUGCCGGAGAGUGGGGCGCCGCUGAUCGUAGUGCCAAGCUUAAAGACCUCCAGCGACACCGGGCGCUUCAGCAUCUCCUUUAUGUCCACGAGGGACAUUCACGUGGAGCGCAUCCAGUGAGGACGUUUCACCCUCUCACCAUCGCCGAAAGGCGGUUGACCAGAUCUGCCAGAGUAGGCACGCCUCCGUUAUGCUGACCCAACUGCGUCCGGAGAGGCUCCA